AUGGCUGCCGGUUUGAGGAUCACCGCAGAUGAAUCUCGACAAAGUUCAGGAGUCGAUCCAGAAUCUUUACAAAUGGCGGCAAUCCGAUCUCUGUACGGUGAGGUAGUCAAAGGUCUUUCCCAUGAUGUGCGUAAUCGACAGGGACCUGGCGCACCGGGAAGUCGAAGACCAUCAAGUCAGUUCCUUCAACCUGUGCAAGCUGAACCGACUGCGCGCUCCAGCGAUGAGACUCCCCUACUUCAUUUGAAACUUAGAGUCAGUGAUCACAACUGGGUUUACAGCAGUAAAUUGACCACUCUCUAUCUUGAUGUUUUGACAGAGAUUGCGUCUGCCGGAUCGACCUUUGAACACGAGAAAGCUUUACAUACUGGAAUCGGUAAAGGUAGUAUUCAGGUUGAAAUCUUGAAGGGUCUCUUGAGUGGUGAUGCUCAAUUUUUAGUCACCACUUCUUGA